AUGAUCAGCUGGACUCACGGUAUGAAUGUCAAAUUAAGUUGAUUUUCAUCGUCUUUCAAUUCAAGCACUAUGACCAUGCCUACUGAUAAUGGCAGCAAAUUUUAGUUUCCUUAAUUUAACCCCUCCUGUAAAUCAACAAUUUAUUUUGAUUCCUUAAGACGCUGUUUAGUCUGAAAAAACAAACAAACAAACAAACAAAGGCUGUUUCUUGUAAAUGGUGUUUGAUACACCCAACGUUUCCGGCAAUUCACAGUCCAGAAAACAAGAAACCUGAGCGUUUUUACUCUUUCAUACUUUCUUUAAAAGAUAACAAUCUUGUCCUUUUUUCUGCAGUUGGUUUUUCAAAUGUCCAGAGCUUCGCCGAAGCGAUAGGUAGAACUGUUGUAUCUUCUCACCUGGCUUCACAGGGUACACGAGGCACGACAGAAAAACAUGCAGGUAACCCCUAAAUCUAACCCGUGAUCGGAAUAAACAGCGUCGGCGAUUUCUCUUCCGAUUAUAUUUUUAAGGUGGCUUACUACCGUUUUUUGGAUGAAAACUAACGCCUUUUUCAAACUGGAACAUUUUUACUGAACUGUUUUUUUAUUUUUUUACUGUACUGAACUGUUUAUCACUAAAAUUCAUGUAAAUUAUCAUUGUACCUCUUAAAAACAUUUUAUUGCCCCCGCAGGGAUUUCGCCAAGAAGGCGAAAUCCCGAGGAGGCACUCUAGUAACUCGCGCGUAUAUUAAACAAAGUACUUACAGUUGAAAUAUACAGUCAUAGAGUCAAUAGAGAAAAAGUCGCGAUUUGCUUUAAUACGGGCCGCGAGAAAUCGGUAGGUAAUGAUGACGUUUCUAUUGUUUGGGCCCGCAAGUACGAAAUGGUUAGGAUGACGUAAAAACAGAACAUCCCCAAGGGACCGCUUAGGGGUUCAGUGAAAGAUAAAGACCAAAAUUUUAACGACACUCGUUAAGCGCAGAAGAAGUUAUAAGUAGCGUAUAACUGUGUAUAUAUAAACACUUGGAGAGUUUGCCAGACACGAGUUCACAAAUCUGUCAUUUGAAACCUUACCAGACACUUUUCUCUCUCUUUGACCGGAAUAAGACUCAGCCCCAAACAAGUAAGACGAGUGAACAACGGCUAGCUUCUCACUAGCAGGAACGAUGGACGAUUACAGAAAUUCGCCGACAAUCAAAUUCUGUCCUGACUUAUUCCCUGCUCAUAGAUGUCCUUCCGCUAUGACGUUUAAAAUAAGACUAGAAUGCGCGAGUCUGAAUUGAUCAAACGUCUUUUUAAUUUCUAAGGCUUCCUUUCCGGCAAAUAAAAUGAACUGAAUGUAAAAAGUGAAAGAGAAAUAGCGAAAAAUCAACUUCUAAUUAAAUCUUUUCUUAUGGUUUAGAAUAAACUAUUCUGGAAACUGAGAAUGUUUUGAUCAAAGCUGUGUAAAUCGACCAGAAACUGUGCAUGGAACCUUGCGUUUCCUGUGUUUAUCUCACCUAUUAUAUGGAAUAUGUGUGAAAAUCUUCCUUAUGAAUCGGUAUAUCUCAAAGAGCUACACAACGAGCAAGAAUGCUAUUGACCGACAAUAUACAGAGCGGGGGCAGCUGUAGUGUCAACUAUUACUAGUUGCAAAGUAUAACGCGAAAUAGAGUGACCGAGUGUGCAAAAGGGGACUGGUAACUAUACCUUUAAAAGGCUUUUUUCUUAAAGAGUAGCCGUAUGACCUGGGUUCAAAUUUUGAGGAUUGUUAGGGAACAUAAAGACGAAACCGUGAACAUUUUUUUUAAACAAAUCCAGGAAGUUUUUUAGUUAGUAUAAAAUGAGACAGAAUUCCACAUUUUUGGCUUUUGCCAAAAUUCAGUCUAUAGGAUUUCUUUCUUUCUCUCUGAAAUUUUCAGAUGGGGUCGUACGGCUAGUUUCUAAGAGCGGAGUCACCUUUUCAAGCCUAUAAGAGCUAUCCAGCCAUAGAGCUAAUUCCUAGUCCUUUGAUAAGAGGAUCUAGAGUAGAAAACUUGGUGGCGUUCACAGCGAUAGUAACUUAAUUUCGCAGUGAUUUAAAAUGUCUCAUGGACAUUUACUGCUAAUUCAUGGUUGGUUUCUUACUCUCUGUAAGGAAUACAUUAAAAAACACCUACGCAUAUAUGACAAACAAUUUUAACUCUUCAAAGUCAAUUGUCUCAAUUUGUUCCUGUAGUCUCAUAAUUGAUCAUAUUUACGGUCGUUCCAAAAAAAUGUCGACAAAGGAGACUUUCUCUUGGGAACAACGCUUGGUUUGCGAUGAGAAUGGGUUUUUAAUCGAAUAAUGUCUAUACAGUGUACCUCGAUUUUAGCACACGUACUGUAUCUUAAAGGAUUUUACUUUAGUAGAUCUAGUAAACAAAUAAUGAUUUUUUUUAAUUCUUCUUUUAGAUCUUGAUUCAACUGAGUAUACCUCCACCAAGGGGAGAUCAAAUUAUUCCCGGUUAUGUCGUCUUCUAAUCAGUUUGGGUUCAAAAGCCCUCAGAGAAACGUUUGACAGAAUAAUUCCACCACAAAGUCUUCAACGCAUUCUGAAACGGAACCCAGCUCACUCUAAACUUCAGUCACGUCGAAAGGAAGGGAUACUAAACUCAGUCCAGUGGAGUAAACUGUAUCCCACCACACCCUCCGAAGUUUCGUCGGCGGGCUUCGACAUCCCUCUGCUAAUGGUUCUUCUAAGGACAAUCUGUGAUCUGAGUCCUCCACCUGCUGGUUGGGAUGCUCCUCCUCUUCCCGAAGACCUAAGCCAUGAGUCUGACAUUGCGCGUCUGAAAUAUUUCUUCAACGCCGUGUCUAGUCAUACUGGAGAAGGUUUUGUUAGUGAUGCUGUAUUCAGUAGCUACUGGCAGCAGAUCCAUGACACUCUGGUACGAUUGGGAGGAGCUAACUAUGUAGAUGUCAUUGAGCAAAUCAGGUGUCAGGAAAUGGACGUCCUAAGUGAGGAACAUUUCCGAGAACUUCUCAAGCAGUGGAGAAAGGUGGAGGACAAUAUCAAAGACAAACUGAAUGAACUAGAAAGUGCAGAGGCCUUAAAGAUGGCAGGUGAGCUUUUGUGGUAAAAAUAUGUCUGCUGUUUGCAUGAACAUGGCUAGAGAUUUUUAUUAUUACAAUGGUACAAGAAAAAACUUCGAUUUGGUCGGUUUGGUAAACAACGGUCAUUUUUGUUAUGUAUUUUGCUAUUCUUUCUUAACUAGGCUCUCGGAUUAUAUAUAACUAGGUCACUGCCCGAAAAGGUUAAAUUGUCAUUGAACGUUUUUAAUUGAUCUUAAGAUUAGGAAAAAAGAUGUGCGAAUAGACCAGAUGCUAAGUGUGAAUCAUGCUUGGUCUUGAGUCAACAGUCUUCAAACGUACUUUGACAACUUUGUUGUGGGAUUGCUAUGAAAUUGCAGUCUUCUCAUUAAGUGGAGGCGUUGUUCUCCACAUACAGUUAUAUUCUGUUCCUUAAAGUUAAGCCCUUAUCCUACGGGAGCAAUCGGGUAUAGGUUGAACUUACUGCAAUCACGAUUGAUUUUUUUCCAAGGCCUUGAAAUAAGUAAUGAGCAGGCGCCAGUAACAUCGUGCAGUAAAAAUUGUUUUGCUUGGGCAGAACCCAUUUUGGAAGGUCGAAUGUAAAAAUAAUAGCUUACGAAAAUAAUGACACUCACGAACGUAGAGGAAUGUUGAAAGGUACUGGUGAAGACUAGUGUUAUAGUAGAGACGAAAUAACGGAGGGAUAAAAGUCUAGGGGAAAAGACUUCUGUCGUAUAAGCUGACAAGUAUACGAAGAUGCAGCGGAGAACAUAAGGCUACGUCAGUAAGAAAACAAGACUAACAACUAACCAUACCGGAUAUCUCGCAUAAGACAACAAGAGUAUUCGGGAGAUUUAGAGUCAUGUUGGAGGCAAGCGGCAAACGUGAGAUUCAAGUUUUCAAUUUCUCAAAUUAGGAGAUGAGCAGUUAAAAACUGUCUUAAAUUUUUAUUAGUUCUAGAUAAACCUGAACCUUCUUUUUUCUUAACAUAAUAAACAGUACUUGACAAGUAAAAGGAAAACUUGAUGACGUUAUAGACCUUUGCCGUAAACGUAAUUCUAAACGACAACUAAAACAGGAAUGAUCUGACUCACAGCAAAGCGAUAAGAAGACUAGACAACAACCACAUGAACGCAGUGACGUAACAAAAAGCGGUAACGAAACAUGACUAACAUAUAUUGAAAUACGGGAAUAUUAAAGGUUAAUACCAUAGGAACGAAAUUAUGUAAGGGGAAGGGGUUGACCUGGAAUUGAUUUCGCAUGAACAAAAGUAAAACAACAAACGAACAAGAAUACAAGAAUUUUGGUUUAGCGAGCUGCACGCGUAGUAAAUUCCCAGCUGAAUAAAGAUUGCUGAAAAGUAAUUUUCCAUAACUGUUGACAAAGGCAAGUGGGCUGUCGAUUGGACCAUCGAAGGAUGCCUUUUUCUUGUUUUGUUUGGUGGCAUAAUAGGCUGUUCACAGUCCCAUCUUUUCGUAAGAUCGUCAGGAUCGAGCGCCUUUCGGUACGGGUGGCCUUCUUGGUUAGGCUAGAUUCGGGGCAUUGAAAUCGAGAUACCCACUUGUAACGCAAAAUGCUCGAUCUCGACGAAAUUACGGAAAAGUAGGGGACUGUGAACAGUCUAGCGGAAGAAAUUAGCUCAUGUUAUGAUCUUUUUAGCUUCUGGCUGAGACCAAAUAUAACAAACAGUUGCGAAAACCUUUUUUCAAGGUCAAACGAAAAUCUCUCUAAUACGGUACGAACAAGGCGACAUACGGAAAAGCCAUGAGAAGUGAAGUACGGAAGUGAGGUUAGAAGACAAUACUCAGUAUGUUUUCUGUCCCACUGUCUGCCCCAUCCAAGAUAUUCUUGGAUUCUGGAUUUCAAGCUAAGGAUUCCGGAUUCCAAUUACUGGUCUCCAGAUCUUUUUCAGUGGACCUUGGAUUCGUUUUCCUAAAGCUUCCAAGGCCCAGGAUUCCGGAUUCCACAAGCAAAAAAUUCCAAGAUUCCGUAUUAAACAUGCAAAGCUUUCCCGGAUUCCGGAAUUCGUAUUAUAUGGGGAGACACUGUCCAGUGUUAUACAGUAUCCACCGUAAAUUAACAGUUAAUGAAUGGGGCUGAGUAUCUUAUGAAGAAUUAUGGAGAUCGAGGAGGGUGUUUAUGGCCUCGACGGAUAACACCCUCCGAGAUCUCCAUAAUUCUUCAUAUGAUACGAAAGCCGAAUUCAAUAAUUGUUUUAAUAUUCAUUCAAAAUAAUUCCUAGUUUUAAAACAUAGCUAAAACAUGCUUACCUCCAUCGAUGUUAAGUUCAUCUUCUAUAGUGCAAGUUUAGGGUUGUUCAGUUCUGCAAUUAUUCUCCAAAUAGCAGAUGUCGACCUUCGAGUUGUCUUCUUGUUGUUCUUGCCAUGUUUUUAGCUAUUAUUUCGCCCAGUCCUUACUCUUGAAACGAGUGAAAUGUCCGCCAUUUUUGUUUUCAAACCAAAACAACUCAACUUCGUCCCCAGAUCCUAUCGGUUAAUGGUGCAUUAACCUGCAAGGAAGCUGCACUUUUAACGUCAUCGGUUGAUUAAUCGCAAAAUUCUUCCAAAUUUGGUCAUCAGUAGCUGGUUAUUGUGAAUUAUACGUGUGCUUUUAGCCAAUCAGAAUCGGGGAAAUAUUUUGAAUGAAUAAUAAACAGCAAUUAUCGGACAUCAUAACCAACCAUUUGUUGUUGAGCUGACAUGGUCACGGUUGACCUGCCUUUGUUUCAAGCCUUGGUUUUUGUACAAUGUAAAUCUCAAUGUGUGCAUCCCUUUUAAAAAUUGCAACCUUGAAACCUGAAUACACAUAAUUUAACAAGCCAAACAAAAUGCAGGUUAUCAUUUUUUUUUUCUAAUAUUUUUAGAUUUUUUAUUCCCAACGGAAAUUGUGGAAAAGAUUCGCCAACUUUACGGGACACGUGAACAACGCCUCCUGCCAGUUCCUUGGUGCGAAGAUUUCAGUUUUCACCUGAAUGAAAUAUUUACCAGGUUAAAGAUCAUGAGCAAAGAAAAAAUCCGAGGAGUACUUACUGAUGAUAUUACCAAUAUGACUGCUAUCUUUAAGGCGCACGUAGAAUGCCAAAGGCCGCGAACAGUCUUGAUUGAAGGAGACCCUGGCAUGGGUAAAAGCACGUACUGUCAGAAGCUAGCGUAUGAUUGGGCAACUAGGCAGAAGGAGUUGGACCCCUCUUUUCCAGACAUUGAGUUGCUAUUACUUCUCAAAUGUCACGAAGUGAAAUCAAGCAUCUGGAAAGCUAUUGAUGAUCAACUUCUUCCUGCGGAAAUUGACGAUCACGCUAAAGAAUGUUUCUUCAAAUUCGUUCGAGAAAAUCAGUCGAAAGCUCUGUUAGUACUUGAUGGAUUAGAUGAAAUGGACUCCACUGAAAUGAAACGAAUCUAUGACUUGGUUGAGGGUAAAGAACUCUCAGGUUGUCACGUUAUACUCACAUCUCGUCAUGAGGUAGGGAGGAAACUUAGGAGGUAUUGUGACACUCUGUGGGAGAUUGUAGGUUUCACCGAAGAAGAUGCAAAUAGUUUUAUUCGUGCGUACUUCAAAAGCAUCAACAGGGAAGACUUACUUGAGAAGUUGCUAGAAAAGAUUCGGUAUUCGUAUGAGUUAAGCAACUUGUCCAAAAAUCCCUUGAACGUAACCUUGCUUUGUGUUCUUUGUGAAGAUUUAGAGGGCAUUUUUCCAACGAGCAGGACUGAACUGUACACUGAGAUUGUCCUUUGUGUGUUAAGGCGAUAUGAAAAAAAGCAAGGAUUGUCGAGCAAAAGUGAAGACCUCAUGAGCAUCUACAGGGACAAUCUGGUACAUCUGGGACGAGUGGCGUUACACUCUCUUCGAAAAGGAGUGCUAUAUUUUGAAGAACACGAAUCUGGAAGUCCCUCUUUUGCUUUAUCCAAGUUUGGAUUUCUUUCACUUCAGGCUAGUGGCUGCAAGAGGAAAGCUCUUGUGCGUUAUGCAUUUCUCCACAAAAGCUUCCAAGAGUUUUUUUCUGGAUUUUAUCUUGCUUGCCAAAUUCUUGACGGAAGUUUUGACUGUGUCUCAGUGGUAAAAGACGAGAGAAUGAAAAACGAACUAAAGGAAGCGUUUUUAUUCAUGAUUGGAAUUUUAGCCUCGACGAGUAAGGAGACAGCAGAGUAUGUUAUUAAAAUUAUGGCUGAAAAUAUUAAUUUAAUAGAUCUCGAUUGUAAGGAAGACAUUUGUGUAUUAUUUCAGUUAGCUUUAGGCUGCAUUUUAGAGUGCACAAGUUUAUCUCGUACCCUAGGGUUACACCUUCACAUAAGUAACUUAGAUUUGACAGGGGUAAGGAUUGAUGCUUCUGGUGUUGCUGUUCUUUCCAAGGUUCUUUCAGCCAACUCCUCGUUAACUAGUUUGAAUUUGGGUUCGAACUUUUUUGGUGGUUCUGGUGCUACUUCCCUUUCCAAGGCUCUUACGACCAACUCCUCCUUAACUAGUUUGGAUUUGCGUUCGAACAGGAUUGGUGAUUCUGGUGCUGCUUCCCUUUCUCAGGCUCUUACGACCAACUCCUCCUUAACUAGUUUGAAUUUAAGUGGGAACAGCUUUGGUGUUUCUGGUGCUGCUUCUCUUUCCCAGGCUCUUACGACCAACUCCUCCUUAACUAGUUUGGAUUUGGGUAAGAUCCAUAUUGGUAAUUCUGGUGCUACUUCCCUUUCCCAGGCUCUUGCGACCAACUCCUCCUUAACUAGUUUGAUAUUAUGUGAGAACAAUAUUGAUGCCUCUGGUGCUACUUCCCUUUCCCAGGCUCUUGCGACCAACUCCUCCUUAACUAGUUUGGAUUUGAGUGAGAACAGUAUUGAUGCCUCUGGUGCUACUUCCCUUUCCCAGGCUCUUGCGACCAACUCCUCCUUAACUAGUUUGAAUUUGCGUUGGAACAGUAUUGGUGCCUCUGGUGCUACUUCCCUUUCCCAGGCUCUUGCGACCAACUCCUCCUUAACUAGUUUGAAUUUGAGUUGGAACAAUAUUCGUGCCUCUGGUGCUACUUCCCUUUCCCAGGCUCUUGCGACCAACUCCUCCUUAACUAGUUUGAAUUUGCGUUCGAACUUUAUUGGUGAUUCUGGUGCUACUUCUCUUUCCCAGGCUCUUGCGACCAACUCCUCCUUAACUAGUUUGAAUUUGCGUUCCAACGGCAUCGGUGAUUCUGGUGCUGCUUCCCUUUGCCAGGCUCUUGCGACUAACUCCUCCUUAACUAGUUUGAAUUUGCGUAAGAACUUUAUUCGUGAUUCUGGUGCUGCUUCCUUUUCCCAGGCUCUUGCGACCAACUCCUCCUUAACCAGUUUGGAUUUGAGAGAGAACAUCAUUGGUGAUUGUGGUGCCGCUUCCCUUUCCCAGGCUCUUGCAGUUAACCCCUCCUUAACUCGUUUGGAUUUGAGUUAG